AUGGGGGAGGGCGGUCGAGCGAGGGUAGACUCUGAGCUUAGUGAGGGCACCUGUCGGGGCGACAAGGGCCUCCUCAACACCGCCUGCAAAAGUGUGGUGCCGCGCAGCCGGCGGCCGCCCACGUAUCUCCGUCAGUAUGACUGCCGUCCUCCUCCUAUCGUAAUCCCGCUCCUUUCUACCAUUCAGCUGGUUCUGUUCAUCUACGACGGGGUGCGGCUCGGCGGUAUCACCGCCAGCGGCCCGGUGGAUCCCGAGUCGCCGCUCAUCUACAGCCCGUACCGGCGCCGUGAGGUGUGGCGCCUCCUCACCUACAUGCUGGUCCACGUCGGCUGGGUGCACAUCGUCUACAACCUGAUCGUCCAGUUACUGGUCGGCCUGCCGUUGGAGCUGGUCCACAAGUGGUGGCGCGUCGGCAUCGUCUACCUCUGCGGCGUGCUGGCCGGCUCCCUGGCCACGUCUGUACUCGACCCGCGCGUGUUCCUGGCCGGCGCCUCGGGCGGGGUGUACGCGCUGCUCACUGCCCACCUGGCCGACCUGGUCCUCAACUGGGCGGAGAUGGAGUUUGCCUUCGUACGGCUUGGUAUUCUUCUACUGCUGGCUGGUACGGAUGUCGGAGUGGCUAUCUACAAUCGCUACGGCACCGAGACGGGCAACAAGGUGGCGUAUACGGCCCACCUGGCGGGAGCGCUGGCCGGUCUGCUCAUGGGUCACGUGGCGCUGCGUAACCUGCGCCUACUGCGCUGGGAGCGCGUGCUCUGGUGGGUGUCGCUCGUCACCUAUCUGCUGCUCGUGCUUGUAAUGGUGGUGUUCAAUGCGGCCGCACCGGAAGGCUAUUUUCCACCGCAGGAUGUCUGA